GUUCGGCACUCAGUCGACCAAAAAUUUUCAACCUCGCAUCAGUUGAAAUAAUUUCCACUGACCCAUUUGCCUGGAACAAAAUGCAGUCUGCUCGUCCAGUUGCCAGUUUGGCUAUUCGAAAUGCCGCCUUCCUGGCCCGUGGCUACCAUGGACCGAGUAAUUUCCGUGUGUACACAAUGAACGACAUGCCUGUUCCGGAAGGAGAUUUCUUCGAGGAACAUCGACGCAAAAACCGUGUUUAUAACGCGAUGCUGGGUGCUGGUAUAGUCAUCUUUGGAAUCGCUUUCACGGUGGCAAAGGAAAGUGGUUUGAUCUACUUCAACUAUAACCCCCCGAAAAGCUUGAAUUAAUAAGGUUACUGAGAUGUAUGGAGCCUUAACAGACGAUGAUCCGUACUAGUCAAAAUAAAUCGGAUUGAAAUAGUGAAUUGCUGUUCGAAUAUGAUUUGGUUUGAUAACUUCUGCAGCAAUGUCCGAAGUGUGCAGUUGUUUUGGGGGUGAAUAAAACGCGUUUCGAAAUUAGGACAAUGAAUGUAAAGGAUGCGGAAACACCACGCUAGAAAUGGUUUGCUCGAAUCUCAAUACUAGCACCCACCCCCGCUGGUUUAACAACUGACCACCAAUCUACUGUACACUGAAUAUCAAUAGAUCACAAUAAAACCACUCGGAAAGAGGCCAAGUCCUACAAAGAUUUCGGGUCACAUAAAAAAUUUGAUUUGUAUAGGAUAUAAUGGAAUUUAUGCAGCACUUCUGAACAUGUACAAAAAUUGAUGUGUUCUAAAGUAUAAUAGCUUUAAAACUAAAAAUUAUUGUGAUACAUAUUGUUACGGUGCG